UUCCUUCAUUCAUUCAGUGACAUGCUGGCAGUGCUGGCCUGUGCCCCUCACGUGGUCGGGUUGGGUGAGGGCAGCUAGGAGGACUCCAGGCCUGGUGUCAGUUCUUCUCUAAAUGAAUACCUUCUUGACAGAGUCAUGGGAAAUGGGCCCUGCUGUCCCAUGGCUGCCCAGUGUGAAACUAGUGGGUCCUGAGCCCACCGAGCCUGCCUGCCUGGCCCUGCUCCCCAUGUUGCCCUUGGCUGAGGCACCUCUUAUGUCUCCCCAAGUCGGCAGCAGCACUCCCAACCCGUGUGCUUGCCGAGUAUUUGUUGAAGAAACAAAGUCAUUUGUCCUAGAGGAUGGCCCCGUUCUGGAUUGGCCAGUUGCUUCUGUGUGGUGCUGAAUCUGCUCCUCUCUCCCCUGUAUUUCCUGGGGACAGGUGGAGGCUCAGCCAGAUUCAGGUUCAAGGUGUCUUCCUAGGCUGCAUCGGUCUGCAUGCAUGGGAUGUCUGCUGGGCCCCUUUGUUGACACUAGGAUUGACCAGCAGGUUUAGGUUUCGUCAGCCUGAUGCGUUGCUCUUUUAUCUAAAAGGUUUUUAGGUUUCUGUGGUUUUUUGUUUCAUUUGUGGGUUUUUUUUUUUUUUUUUUUUUUUUUUUUGAGAUGGUCUUGCUCUGUCGCCCAGGUUGGAGUACAGUGAUGCAAUCAGGGCUCACUGCAGCCUCAACCUCCUGGGCUUGGGUGAUCCUUCCACCUCAGCCUCCUGAGUAGCUGGAACUACAGGUUAUGUACCGCCAUGCCCAGAUAAUUUUUUAACUUUUUGUAGAGAUGAGGUCUCACUAAUGUCCAGGCUGGGCUCAAGGGAUCCUCCCGCCUCAGCCUUCCGAAGUACUGGGAUUACAGGUGUGAGCCACUGCGUCCAACCUAUUUAAUGGCUUUUGAACAGCUGUUGAUAAUUGCCUGGACCUACUACUUCCUUAAGGGUGUAAAAUGGUGAUUUUUUGAAUUCUAUCAUUCCCUCUGCAUUUAGUAGCUGGAAUCCUAUAAAGGAAUCUUCCUCAUCGUCUAUUUGAUUACCCUGAAAUACUAUUUUCAAAGAAAAGAAGGGAAAAUGCCUGCUUUCACCUCUAACAGUUUUCAGAACAAUGAGUUAGUGCCCUGGCAAGGGCCAGUGACAGGGCAGGAGGGGGUGGAGAGUGUUUCCUGGGCUGCCUGGUGAACUCAGGUCUGUCAAUGGCAGGCUUGCUUUUUCAUGCCCAGCUUGUCUUCUUUGCCUAGAGGCGGCCUCAGGUUGACCUCUGUAGUCCUUUGACACAAGCCUUGGGUCUUGGGCACCUUCCUUACUUGCAACUACCAGUAUGCUGCAGGCUCCAGCCCCUCCCUGGCAUUUCCUGUUGCGGACCCGGCCCAACCAUCUCCCCAGGGUGCACUCGGUGUGAAUACGGUGUUUAGAGACCCCAAUCUGGUCACCAGGCAUGGUGCUUGCUCCUGGGAUUUCCUUACUGCUAGGGCUUUGGAAGAGACAGAGCCAGGAUAUAAGGUUUUUCGUUGUUUUUUUUUUUUUUUUUGCCAAUUUAAAAAAAAUAAAGUAUGAGGCUGGGCAUGGUGGCUCAUGCCUGUAAUCCCAGCACUUUGGGAAGCUGAGGCGGGCAGAUCCCUUGAGCUCAGGCAUUUGAGACCGGCCUGGCCAACAUGGUGAAACCCCGUCUCUACUAAAAAUACAAAAAUCGGCUAGGUGUGAUGGCGCACGCCUGUAAUCCCAGCUACUUCAGAGGCUAAAGCAGGAGGAUCCCUUGAACCCAGGAGUUGAAGACUGCAGUGAGCUAUGAUUGUGCCACUGCACUCUAGCCUGGGUGACAGUCAGACCCUGUCUCCAAAAAAAAAAAAAAAAAAAAAAAAAAAAAAAAAAAAAAAAAAAAAAACCACCUCUGUGAUAGUGACAUGUCAAUGUGGAUUCAUCAAGUGUUAACAGCUGUACCCCCUGGUGGGGGAUGUUGAUAAUGGGGGAGACUGGGGUGGGGUGAAGACAUACGGGAAAUCUCUGUAACCUUCCUCUAAUUUUGCUGUGAACCUAAAGCUGCUCUAAAAAUGUACAUAAAUAUAAACUGGGGCCUUCUUUUCCCUCUGCCCUGCCCCAGCCCUCUCCCCCACCUCCUUCCUCUCCCUGCUGCCUCCCCUCUGCCCUCCCCUUUCCUCCUUAGCCACUGUAAAUAACACUGCAGCAAAGGCCUGAGGCAAAUGCCUUGGCUCUGGGGCGCCCCAGCCGCCUGCAGGCCCCUUAUUUCCUGUGGCCAAGCUCCUCCUCCCACCCUCCCGGCCUUUCCCCAGCCUCCCUCGACCACUAGGCCUGAAUUGCUGGGCACCGGCUGUGGUCGACAGACAGAGGGACAGACAUGGCUCUGCAGGUGCACUCGGUCCCUGGCACCGGCCCCAGGGGUGGCAGAACGGGGGUGGGGUUGGUGUGGGAAGCACAGGCUCCACGUCUCCUGGGGGGCUGUUGGGUGGGAAGGCUCUGGCUGCCCUCGCCCUGUCCCCAUCACUGCAGAGGGCUGUGCGGUGGCUGGAGCUGCCACUGAGUGUCUUGGUGAGGGUGACCUCACACUGGCUGAGCUUCUUAAAGGCUCCAUCUGAAGACUUUGUUCAUGGUGUUCUUUCACUUCUCAGAGCCUGUCCUGGCUCCAGGAGUAACAGGUGUUCACAGAGAUUAUGAGUAGCCUCCUCCUCCUCCUCCACAACCUCACAUGACCUCCCUUUCCUCCCGCUGGCCUCUUUCCCUCCCCUUCUGUCACUCUGCCUGGGCAUGCCCCAGGGCCUUGGCUGGGCCCUUUCUUUCCUCAGGGAAACCCACAUGGUUGGGCUAGAUGCCUCCAUACCCCCCCACCCACACCCCCUGAGCCUCUAGUCCUCCCUCCCAGGACACAUCAGGCUGGAUGGUGACAUCUCCCCACCCUUGAAUGAGACUGCUUUGUGCUGCUCUGGGAUUUGCACCCAGCUUGGACUGCCCGCUCCACGGGCCCCAGGAAAAGCUCGUACAGAUAAGGUCAGCCACAUGGGUGGGGGGCCUGCAGCAUGCUGCCCUCGCUGUCCCAGAAGUCACGUGCUCGGUCCCCUCUAAAGCCCCUUUGGGGACCUAGGGGACAAGCAGGGCAUGGAGACAUGGAGACAAAGUAUGCCCUUUUCUCUGACAGUGACACCAAGCCCUGUGAACAAACCAGAAGGCAGGGCACUGUGCACCCUGCCGGGCCCCGCCACCCCCCUUCUCACCCGCCACCUUGCCACCUGCCUCUUCUCCCAGCUGGGCGCCGUGUACACAGAAGGUGGGUUCGUGGAAGGCAUCAAUAAGAAGCUCGGCCUCCUGGGUGACUCUGUGGACAUCUUCAAGGGCAUCCCCUUCGCGGCUCCCACCAAGGCCCUGGAAAAUCCUCAGCCACACCCCGGCUGGCAAGGGACCCUGAAGGCCAAGAACUUCGAGAAGAGAUGCCUGCAGGCCACCAUCACCCAGGACAGCACCUACGGGGAUGAAGACUGCCUGUACCUCAACAUCUGGGUGCCCCAGGACAGGAAGCAAGUCUCCCGGGACCUGCCCGUUAUGAUCUGGAUCUAUGGAGGCGCCUUCCUCAUGGGGUCCGGCCACGGGGCCAACUUCCUCAACAACUACCUGUAUGACGGCGAGGAGAUCGCCACACGCGGAAACGUCAUUGUGGUCACCUUCAACUACCGUGUCGGUCCCCUUGGGUUCCUCAGCACUGGGGACGCCAACCUGCCAGGUAACUAUGGCCUUCGGGAUCAGCACAUGGCCAUUGCUUGGGUGAAGAGGAAUAUCGCGGCCUUCGGGGGGGACCCCAACAACAUCACGCUCUUUGGGGAGUCUGCUGGAGGUGCCAGUGUCUCUCUGCAGACCCUCUCCCCCUACAACAAGGGCCUCAUCCGGCGAGCCGUCAGCCAGAGCGGCGUGGCCCUGAGUCCCUGGGUCAUCCAGAAAAACCCACUCUUCUGGGCCAAAAAGGUGGCUGAGAAGGUGGGUUGCCCUGUGGAUGAUACCGCCAGGAUGGCCCAGUGUCUGAAGAUUACUGAUCCCCGAGCCCUGACGCUGGCCUAUAAGGUGCCGCUGACGGGCCUGGAGUACCCCAUGCUGCACUAUGCGGGCUUCAUCCCUGUCAUUGAUGGAGACUUCAUCCCCGAUGACCCCAUCAACCUGUACGCCAACGCCGCCGACAUCGACUAUAUAGCAGGCACCAACGACAUGGACGGCCACAUCUUCGCCAGCAUCGACAUGCCUGCCAUCAACAAGGACAAGAAGGAAGUCACGGAGAGUGCCAAGACCUACACCUACCUGUUUUCCCAUCCAUCUCGGAUGCCCGUCUACCCCAAAUGGGUGGGGGCCGACCAUGCAGAUGACAUUCAGUACGUUUUCGGGAAGCCCUUCGCCACCCCCACGGGCUACCGGCCCCAAGACAGGACAGUCUCUAAGGCCAUGAUCGCCUACUGGACCAACUUUGCCAAAACAGGGGACCCCAACAUGGGCCACUCGGCUGUGCCCACACACUGGGAACCCUAUACUACGGAAAACGGCGGCUACCUGGAGAUCACCAAGAAGAUGGACAGCAGCUCCAUGAAGCAGAGCCUGAGAAUCAACUUCCUGCGCUACUGGACCCUCACCUAUCUGGCGCUGCCCACAGUGACCGACCAGGAGGCCACCCCCGUGCCCCCCACGGGUGACUCCGGGGCCGCCCCCGUGCCCCCCACGGGUGACUCCGGGGCCGCCCCCGUGCCCCCCACGGGUGACUCCGGGGCCCCCCCCGUGCCCCCCACGGGUGACUCCGGGGCCCCCCCCGUGCCGCCCACGGGUGACUCCGGGGCCCCCCCCGUGCCGCCCACGGGUGACUCCGGGGCCCCCCCCGUGCCCCCCACGGGUGACUCCGGGGCCGCCCCCGUGCCCCCGACGGGUGACUCCGGGGCCGCCCCCGUGCCGCCCACGGGUGACUCCGGGGCCCCCCCCGUGCCGCCCACGGGUGACUCCGGGGCCCCCCCCGUGCCCCCCACGGGUGACUCCGGGGCCGCCCCCGUGCCCCCCACGGGUGACUCCGGGGCCCCCCCCGUGCCGCCCACGGGUGACUCCGGGGCCCCCCCCGUGCCGCCCACGGGUGACUCCGGGGCCCCCCCCGUGCCCCCCACGGGUGACUCCGGGGCCGCCCCCGUGCCCCCCACGGGUGACUCCGGGGCCGCCCCCGUGCCGCCCACGGGUGACUCCGGGGCCCCCCCCGUGCCCCCCACGGGUGACUCCGGGGCCCCCCCCGUGCCCCCCACGGGUGACUCCGGGGCCGCCCCCGUGCCCCCCACGGGUGACUCGGAGGCUGCCCCUGUGCCCCCAACGGGUGACUCUGAGGCUGCCCCUGUGCCCCCCACGGGUGACUCGGAGGCUGCCCCUGUGCCCCCCACGGGUGACUCGGAGGCUGCCCCUGUGCCCCCCACGGGUGACUCGGAGGCUGCCCCUGUGCCCCCCACGGGUGACUCUGAGGCCGCCCCUGUGCCCCCCACAGAUGACUCCAAGGAAGCUCAGAUGCCUGCAGUCAUUAGUUUCUAGUGUCCCAUGAACCUUGGUCUCAAGAGGCCUCAAGAGUAGGACCCCAGGGGCUCCCCUCCCGUCUUGAGCUCUUCCUGAAUAAAACCUCAUUUCCCUG